AUGAAGUACAUUCACUCCGAGGAAGAGCUCGAGAUCCCCGAGGGCGUCAAGGUCGCCAUCAAGAACCGAUUUGUCGUUGGCAAGCUCUCCAAGGCUCUCAACCACUUGGCGGUCAGCUUCACACACCCCAAGAAGAAUGUCAUCAAGAUCGAGCUCCACCACGGCUCGCGCAAGAGCGUCGCCACUCUCCGUACCGUCCGCACCCUCAUCAACAACUUGAUCGUCGGUGUUACCAAGGGUUACAAGUACAAGAUGCGCUACGUAUAUGCCCAUUUCCCCAUCAACGUCAACCUAGACAAGAACAAGGAGACCGGCUGCUGGGAGGUUGAGAUCAGGAACUUCAUUGGCGAGAAGCUCGUACGAAGGGUCAUCAUGAGGCCCGGUGUUGAGGUUGAGGCGUCAAAGAACCAGAAGGAUCAACUCGAGCUCUCCGGAAACUCGCUCGAGGACGUCUCCCAGGGUGCCGCCGAUAUCCAGCAAAUCUGCAAGGUCCGCAACAAGGAUAUCCGAAAGUUCUUGGACGGUCUGUACGUGUCGGAGCGCGGCAACAUUGUCGAGGACGCGUAAACGGUUUUGGGGUGUCGGGUUUCUUUACGGGCAUAUGAGCAUCUAUGAACUUCUCUGCAUCACAUGCGGUUGGCGCCUGGGGGGUUACGCUCAAAAACGAUGUUCAAACAAUACCACCAUGACUUGAUGGAAAAGCGCAUUCACAAAGAGUGACGUGAAGGAAAGUCCACAAGUUUGAUACUUGCCGGGAAUCAUAGAUGAUCAGAACUCGCUUUUGUACCACGAGAGGAACUUGGUCGAUGAUACACUUUCGUAACCUCUGAAAGAGCUUCUCCUAACUUCCAACAAGUAUACUCAGUUGACAUG